AUGGUUCUUGAAGUUUAUGAGCGUCGUUUCGACGAUGAAGAAGAAGAGUAUGAAGAGGAAGAAGAAGAAAUUGAAGAAGAAAUUGAGGAAGAACCAGCCAGUGAAGCUGCCGAACCAGCUGCUGCUGAAGAAGAAGAAUCUGUUGCCGAAGAAGCACCACCUGUUGAAGAACCAGCUCCUAAACCAAAACGCCCAGAACCAAAAGAAGAGGAACCAGCUGAGUCUAUGACUGAAGCUGAACGCGCUAUCUUAGCCCAAAAGAAACGUCAUGAAGAGGAACAAGCUGCUAAACUUCUUGAUUACAGUGAAAGACGUCGUAUUGAAAAGGAACAACAAGAGGAAGAAAUCCGUCUCUUGAAAGAAAAACAAGAAAGACGUCGUCAAGAAAGAGAACAAGAAGAAAGAGAAUUUGCUGAAAUGAGAAGAGCAGCUGAAGAAAAUAGAAGACGCGAGGAAGAAGAACGCAAAGCCCGUAUAGAAGCUGAAAAAGCCAGAAAGAAUGAAGAAAAACUUAAAAGACAACAAAUGAUGGCUGGAAGUUUUGCUGGACAUUCUUCUGGAACUAAUGGACCUAACUUUGUUAUUCAAAAGGGAGAACAUGCUGACACUAAAGCAAGUAAUCUUACUGGUGCUCAAAAGAAGACCGCUCUUACUAAAGAACAACUUGAAGAACAAAAGGCUGCUUACCUUGCUGCUGUUACAAGAAAACCAGAUAUUUCAAACAUGAUGCCAAAUGACUUGAAGGAAGCUAUUAAAUCUCUUCAUUCAAGAAUUGUUAAGCUUGAAGCUGAAAAAUAUGACCUCGAGAAGAGAAGUGAAAGACAAGAGUAUGAUCUUAAAGAGUUGAAUGAAAGACAACGCCAAGUUGCUCGUAACAGAGCCAUCCAAAGAGGUUUAGACCCAGAUGAGGCAUCAAACUCAACUCAUCCACCAAAGGUAACCGUUUUCUCCAAAUUCGAUCGUCAAAUUGAUAGAAGAUCAUAUGGUGAUCGCAGAGUUCUAUUUGAAAAACCACAACGUAAACCAAAAUUGAAGAUUGCUCAUGGUACUGGAAGACCACCAGCAGAGUGGGGAAGAAAAACAAAUGAGGAAUUAGAACAAAUUAGAAAGAACCUUGAACCACCAAAGUAUGUUGAACAAGUUAAAGCAGAAGGUGAAGCUGCCAGACCACCAGUAGAGCCAAUCCCACUCGUCGUUCCAGAUCCUGAUGAGGUUGAAGAAACUGAUUCAGAUACUGUUGCUCCAGUUGAAGCCGCAGCCGCAGCUGAAGCUGAAGCUUAA